AGAAUUUUAUCGAAAAGCAUAAGCGGAAGAGUGCGCGCGCGUAUAGUGCUGCGUGAUGAUGCGCUAGGUGAGAAGGGAAGCAAAGGAGCGGCAGGGGUAGGGGAUGAGUGUGGAAGAGAGAAAGAGAGAGAGAGAGAGAGAGAGAGAGAAUACGCGAGCAUAUGUAUGUAUGUUGUAUGUUGUUAUGUGUGAACGUAUAUGUAUGUAAGAGAAAGAGAGAGAGAAUGCACGACUAUAUACGCUAUGUGCGAUAUAUGCGAUAAAUAAAAUAAAAAGAACGGGCGUGCUUCGAGAAAAUUGCGUGACACCUUUUUGCGGUGAAUUUGAGUAUACGAAAAGAAAUCAUUUCGAGGAGAAAUAAAACCGUCUCUGUGAAUCGUCGAAUUCUUCCGGUCUUAUUUGGGAAGAAGGUCGAGAGUGAGUGUCUCGCGCGUGUACUUAAACAUGAAGACAAAAAAUAAGGCUCGACGACGCAAUAACGAUGACGGAGGAGAUGGCGGUGUUGGUGAUGACGACGACGACUACGGUGAUGACGGAGAAGGUGGAGACGGUGAUGGAAACGAUGGUGGUUACAACGGUGGAGGUGGUGGUGGUGGCGGCAGCGGAGGUGGCGGCAAUGCGUAACGUAACGUAAAACGUUUGACGUUUACCGGCCAUGCGGUCUACGAAGUACCAAUAACAUCGACCUAUUCAAAAGCGUCCUUGUCGUCUCUCUGGACGUGACCUCAUUUUGCAUGAAAUAAAUAUGUUACAUACGACGAUGCUGAUAAUCAGUAAGAUUACAAAAUGGGUUGUUUUGGGAGCAAGGAUAAGUUGAGUAAAGAGGAUAUGGAGUUUCUCAAGUCACGCACGCGAUAUGACGAAAGCACAAUCAAGGAAUGGUACAAGGGAUUCAAACAAGACUGUCCUAACGGCAGAUUAACGCCCGCAAAAUUUGUUGACAUGUAUAAAACGUUCUUUCCGUCUGGUCACGCGGAAGAAUUUUGCGAUCACGUAUUCCGCACAUUCGACAUGGAUAAAAACGGUUAUAUCGACUUUAAGGAAUUUCUCUUAGCCAUCGACGUUACUUCCUGUGGUACACCGGAAGAAAAGCUAAAGUGGGCAUUCCGGAUGUAUGACGUUGAUGGAAAUGGUGUUAUUGAUAUUCAAGAAAUGACAAAGAUCGUUCAAGCGAUAUACGAUAUGCUCGGAGCAUGUUCGAGCAACAGGCCAGCGGACAGCGCUGAAGAAAGGACUAAGAAUAUAUUCGCUAAAAUGGAUGAGAAUCAUGACGGGCAAUUGACGCAAGACGAAUUCCUUAAGGGUUGCCUUCAAGACGAAGAGCUCUCCAAAAUGUUGGCUCCUUAAUCUGACUGCCUACCUUUCACAGAGAAUUCAUUGACGGGCGUCUGAACGUUUUUUAGGACGGAUUUAUGAAAUAAUGAAAGAAUUAUUACCGUCGCUGCUGUUACGAUCUCUGUCGCUGCUGCUGCCUCCACUACUAACACCAAUACCACCACCACCACCACCACUACCAAUGGAACACCAUCGUUAAAUUUAACAAAACCACCGUCGCUACCACCAUCGCCAUCACCACUACCACCAUUACCAAUACCACUACCACCACCAACACUACCACCGCUACCACUACCAUCAUCACAGUUGCAACCGUUUUAUUAUCACUUGUCGCCACUGCAACGUCUCUCCUCCAGCUUCGCAGCAGUUAUUCCCUCGUCUUUUCGUGAGAUUAUAAGACCAGAUACAUUGACGAUAAUGACGAUGAUGAUGAUAAUAAAUGAAUGAAUGAAUGAAUGAUGAUGAUGAUGAUAAUAAUGAUGAUGAUGACGACGACGACGACGAUGAUGAUGAUAAUGAUGAUGAUGAUCUUGAUGAUGAUAAUGAUGAUGACGAUGAUGAUUUUUAUUUCUUGAAAGCAAGAAAUAACGUCAUCGUUAAGAGCGACCGAUGACUAUUAAGAACACCUUACGAUUUUAAAUUCAAAUAUAAUCUACAGUUAGGAGAUUCAAAAGAGAAGGGUGGGAGAAAGAAACGAAGAAAUAGGGAAAGAAAAUAUGGAAUUCAGUUUGCACGAAUAGCGAAAACGUAUACGAGCGUAUUUUCGGUGAUCUUACUUCGUAUAUAAUCGUUUUCAACUCGGUCGCAUAAUGCAAAAUGUAAGAUCUUGCAUUGCAAUAAUCGCCUGGUUAUUAAGAUUUUUCACUCGAACCUGUGAACCAGUGGAUAAUUCGAUUACGAAUUAAUCUAGUUAUAUCGAUCGAUUCUGCACACGUAAUAAACGUGUGUGAUAAUCCCUUCGUAAUCGUUUGAAUUUGCUAUAAUACCAAUUCAUUAAACGAACUUCGCUGGGCCGAAAAGAUCGAUUAAAAAAAAAGGAAAAAAAAAUUGUUAAGUAUCUCACGGAGACCGCGCAAAUGUGGUCCAAGUUAAUAGAGAAGGAUUUAUUAACUAUACUUUCGGGAAAAUGCGCGCAAACGGUAUAUACAUAAAAUGUGCGUGGCGCUAAAUUUUAGCGGCUUCUAGCGCGUCCCAAUCUUUAAGAAUUAGGGAAAUAAACAUCGAAAAUACUCGAUCGAUUGCGAGUUCAACAAUGGUUAAUAUUCGCAUCGAUUUUUAUGCAAAUGAAAGGAUAUUCGUUCUCUUUUUUUUUUUUUUUUUUUCUUUAUAUAAUUGUUUUUCAUAGAAUUUCAAUGUUAGGAAAAACCAAGCUAUUAGAAUUAACGAAACGUGCUCUUCGCAUUCUAAUUUGAUUAUUAUGAAUUAAUAAUUUUCGAGUCAAAUGAUUCGAAACGUUUUGCUUACGUUUGCAACGGAGCAAAAAUGAUGAAGGUAAAGACUUAAAUAUUUUUCGAUUUUAAUGACUAUUAUUUUCGAGCAAAUACAUUUGCAAUAUAUAAAUUUUUAUUACCCAUGCAUAAAAAUCUCGCUGAGGAAUCAUCGAUGAUUAUAUAAUAAUAUUGCGUACACGGAUUAUAUGCUUUCCUAAAUGGUCUCUUUUUAAAUUUCUUUUAACUUCUCUUCGUCAUGAUUAUGUGCCUUUCUCCUUUUUUUCCGAGCACUCACUUGGAUAAAAUAAUACCGUAAACAAAUAGAAAUUAUUAAUGAAUGGCUAUUAUUAGAAUAUAUUUCAAUAAUAUUUCGGAUAUCUUGACUAUAUUUCCCCAUGAGAAAGAAACAAAAACAAAAAAGAAAACAAACAGACAAACAAAACAAAAAGAAAAUACUAGUAAUAAUAAUAAAAAGAAGAAGAGAGAAAAAAACAGGCUGGUCUCUGUUUAGUGAUAGAAUUCGACCAACUCUGUGUUUGUAUUAGAAUGAGCUACGUCAGGCUGUCGUAGAAUAACUUUUUCUCAUUGGUAUACGCGCAAUGUGUUUUCAAUAUAAAACACCUUUACACAUAUAUACAUACAUAUAUAUAUAAAUAAAUAAAUAAAUAAAUAAAUAAAUAAAUAAAUAUUUAACACGUUCAGCGCCGUACAAAUCUUGUACGAUUUUAUUCCGCUGCGCCGGAAAACAAUAUUAUGCGUAGUGCUCCUGCGUUACUGCCGGUCACCCGUGACCUUAAAACACUGCAAAAAAAAAUAUACACGGUGUCGGUCAUUGGUAGCUAACUCGUGGCGCGUAACGUGUUAAAAUAAAAUAACAAAAAAAAAAGAAAAAAAAAAAGAAAUUUUGUAUAUUGGCGAGCAUUGAGGAAAAUAUAUUUGCCGAAGAUAGCAAAUAUUUGGUGAACUGGUCCAAAAGAAAAAAAGAAUUAAAAAAAAAAAAAGAAAAGAAAAAGAGAGAAGAAAAUCAAGCGGACCGUUGUUAUCUGUUCUCCUGUCGUUCUGGAUCCACGUUCUCUCGCACGUUUGGCAUCGAUCUAACUAAAAGACCCAAUAUACAAAACUUUAAACGAAUUAGAAGCAUCUGCACACUGUCAUCGGUUUACACGUGACAGCACCUUCUUUUCUUCUAUAUCGCUCACGGGUAAACAAAAAAAGAUAAAGAAAAAAACAUACAUACAUACAUACACACACACACACACACACACAUACACAGAAAUGUUCGCUUUGCUCUUAUAGCAUUACACAAAACAUUUUGACGACUGACAGAAGGAUAUUGCAGAACGAGACAUCGUGAUUCUUCUUCUCGUAAUAGAAAGUGCAGCAUUGACAAUCGAAUUAAUAAGUUUCCUCUAUGAAAGAGAAAGAAAGAGAGAGAAAGAGUGAGAGAGAGAGAGAGAGAGAAUAAGAAAAAGA